UUCAAAAACAUCGAUGUGUCGUUUGCACCCACCUCUAUAAAUAAAAUAAACAAGAUUCUGACAACAUGCCUCUCAAGUUAUCUGAUCCUGUUGUGAAGGGACUCCAGCAUUUAGGCACCGAAAUAAAUUUGGACAUCGCGAAAAAACUUAUAGGAAACACACUCAAGCAUAUACUUUCUUCCGAAUCAAGUGUUCCUUCUGCUCCGGAUAUUUAUGCCACAAACGCUGAUAAAGCAAAACUUAGUGAAUAUGCCGUAGUCACAAUAUUAUCUUUGGCCAUAAAGCAUAGCUGUGAUCCUUCAGAGUUUCGUGCCAUUAUGGAAAAAUACGAUAUUCAGCCUAUUGUCUUGGAGGAACUAGCGCGUAUAUAUGAAGAACAUCGAAGGGAGUUAACUUUGCAUCAAUUGCAUAUAGGAAGUGAUUUUCCGCACAUAACAGAUGUACAAUGGCGAAUAAUGGCAGAUGUUCGUUCAUCGACUUCCGAUUGCAGCUCUGGAGAAGUAAGCUUUCAUGUAAAUCUUGGGAGGUUUCAUGAAACGACCGGGGAUCGAGAGACUGUUGUUGAGUUUGUAUGUAGCACUGAAGAAAUGCAAUCUCUAAUUAAUAAGCUGAAAGAAAUUGAACGGCACUGUGAAAAAGUAGCUUCCGAGUAAACGCCUGAUACUUGUGGUUAUUGCCGAACCCUACAAAGUCCCUAUUUUUCGUACAGCCUAUGCAAAAAGUUAUCAAUGAAUUUGAAUAGGUACGAAUGUUUUUGUUAUUUAUGGCAUUAUAACAAUUAUAUUCAACAAUUUUACUGAGCUUGAGGCCGUUUUUAAUGAAAAACUAUUUUGGAAACAAUAAAAACACUUCUACCAUUUUUAUAAAUUAUUGUGUUUCCACAAUAGUUUUUCAUAAAAAAUGGCCUCAAUAAAAUUGUUGAAUAAAAACAUUAUAAGGUAAAAUCAUUCUCAGUAUUUUAUCAUGGCCCCCCUAUUUGAGGAUAAUUAUCUCACCAAUCAAAAAAAAAUUAAAUACGUAAUGGCUAAUAUGUUAUUAUAGGCAAAUAAAAGUACGUGUAAAAAGUCGAAACCCUG